GAAGAAGAAGAAGAAGAAGAAGAAGACCGGAACCUGCUCGGUUUCCACGGCAACGCAAAGACGACGUCGCUUCCUGUUUGGCCACAGCAGUGGCGGGAGAUUCCAGCAUGGCGGUGCAACCGAAGCAGAACCUGUCCAUGGACAGUGCGGCCGAGCACGGCUUUUUAAACUUCAUUUUCUCCAUGUCGGAGAAACCGGACACGACGUUCAGGGUAUUUGACCGCAACGACUACUACACCGUCCACGGGAAAGACGCCAUAUUCGCGGCGAAGGAGGUUUUCAAGACUAACGGGGUCAUCAAGUAUUUGGGCUCAGGAAGUCGCAAGCUGGAGAGUGUGGUCCUGAGCAAGCUGAACUUUGAGGCCUUUGUAAAAGACUUGCUACUUGUGAGGCAGUACAGAGUGGAGGUGUACAGAAAUCAGAGCAAGAGCAGCAAGGAGCACGACUGGAAGAUCGAAUACAAGGCCUCUCCAGGAAACUUGACUCAGUUGGAAGAGAUUCUGUUUGGUGGUGGAGGAACCGGAGCAGAGGGCUGUGCCGGAGUCGUAGCCGUGCGGUUUGCGACGGGAGCUGAUGGACAGCGUGUGGUCGGCGUUGGCUACGUAGAUGCAGCCCAGAGGAAGAUGGGUGUUUGUGAGUUUCCAGACAAUGAGAUCUUCUCCAACUUGGAGUCCCUGCUCGUCCAAAUCAGCCCAAAGGAGUGUCUGUUAGCCCAGGGUGAAGGCAACGCUGAUGGGAAUAAACUGCGGGAGGUGGUAGAGCGUGGGGGUGUGCUGGUAUCUGACAGAAAGAGGGCAGAUUUCAGCAGCAAGGACAUGGUUCAAGAUCUCAACAGGCUGCUGAGAGCCAAGAGAGGAGAGACCGUGGCGAGCAACACGCUGCCCGAGCUGGACAAACAGGUGGCUAUGUCGUGUUUGGCUGCAGUCGUGCGUUUCCUUGAGCUGCUCUCUGACGAGUCCAACUUCAACUCCUUCAGUCUGACCACUCUGGACCUGGGUCAGUACAUGAGGCUGGACAACGCUGCCGUCAGAGCCCUUAACCUCUUCCAGGGUUCACCCGACGACACCAGUGGAGCUCAUUCAUUGGCUGGGCUGUUGAAUAAAUGCCGUACGCCUCAGGGUCAGCGGCUCGUCAACCAGUGGAUCAAACAGCCGCUCAUGGACAAAACCAGAAUAGAGGAGAGGCUGGACCUGGUGGAGAGUUUUGUAUGCGACUCUGAGCUGAGGCAGACCUGUCAGGAGGAUUUGCUGCGGCGGUUUCCUGAUCUUCACCGCCUGGCCAAGAAGUUCCACCGUCACACCGCGACUCUACAGGACUGCUACCGCGUCUACCAGGCUGUGAGCCAGAUCCCUGCCCUCAUCGCAGCCCUGGAGAAGAACUCAGGCAGCUACCAGAUGCUGCUGCAGGCAGUGUUCCUCUCCCCUCUCAGAGACCUGCAGGGCGACUUCGUUAAGUACCAGGAGAUGAUUGAAACCACGCUGGACAUGAACCAGAUUGACCACCACGAGUUCCUGGUGAAGGCGUCGUUCGAUCCGGUGCUGAGCGAGCUGAGAGAAAAGAUGGACACGCUGGAAAAGAGCAUGCAGGCAGUGCUGAACAGUGCAGCCAGAGAGCUAGGUCUGGAUGCCGGUAAGACGGUAAAGCUGGAGUCCAACGCCAUGCUGGGCUUCUACCUGAGAGUCACGUGCAAGGAGGAGAAGAGUCUACGGAACAACAAGAAAUUCACCACGCUGGACGUUCAGAAGAACGGCGUGCGCUUCACAAACAGCAAGCUGAGCUCCCUCAACGAGGAGUACACCAAGAGCAGGGAGGAGUACGAGGAGGCCCAGAACGCCAUCGUCAAGGAGAUCAUCAACAUCGCCUCAGGCUACGUGGAUCCCCUGCAGACGCUGAGCGACGUGAUAGCGCAGCUGGACGCGGUGGCGAGCUUCGCCGUGGCGUCCGUCUCCGCUCCCGUGCCGUUCGUCCGGCCUCGCCUCUUGGCCGACGGCUGCAGGCGCAUGGAGCUGCUGCAGGCCAGGCACCCGUGCAUGGAGACCGACGCGGACACCGCGUUCAUACCCAACGACAUCACCUUCGUCCAGGGCGUGAAGAGCUUCUACAUCAUCACAGGACCAAAUAUGGGCGGUAAGUCGACGUUCAUCCGGCAGGUGGGCGUGAUCGCCCUGAUGGCUCAGAUCGGCUGCUUCGUGCCAUGUGAGAAGGCGGAGCUCAGCGUGAUUGACAGCGUCCUGGCCCGAGUGGGAGCGGGGGACAGCCAGGUGAAGGGAGUGUCCACCUUCAUGUCCGAGAUGCUGGAGACCGCUGCCAUUCUGCGGUCGGCCACGGAGAACUCCCUCAUCAUAAUCGACGAGCUCGGCAGAGGGACGUCCACGUACGACGGCUUCGGCCUGGCCUGGGCCAUCAGCGAGCACAUCGCCUCCAAAAUCGGCUCCUUCUGCCUCUUCGCCACCCACUUCCACGAGCUGACGGCGCUGGCGGCGCAGCAGCCCACCGUCCACAACCUGCACGUCACGGCCCUGACCACCCGCGACACGCUCACAAUGCUGUACAGAGUCAAACCAGGAGUGUGUGACCAGAGCUUCGGGAUCCACGUUGCCGAGCUGGCCUGCUUCCCGCCGGCGGUGCUGGCCGUGGCCAAGGAGAAGGCGGAGGAGCUGGAGGAGUUCCAGGAACCCGUAGGAAAGAUGUCAGAGCAGCAUGAGGAGCCCGAGGCCAAGAGACGACGCACGGACAAACAAGAUGGGGAGAAGCUGAUCCAGGACUUUCUGCAGAAGGUGAAGUCACUUCCUGUCGCCACCAUGACCGAGGAGGAGGUGAAGGUGGAGCUCCGGAGAAUGAAGCAGGAGCUGACCGCCAAAAACAACGCAUACAUCCACGAGAUCCUCGCUCGCUGUGCUUCUGUAAAAACUGCUUGAUUUUUAUCUUUUUUUUCUGCUUCCUCUCAUCACAAGCUUAGUAAAUGCUUAAAGUUCAGAACACUAGAGCGCUUAUACUGUAUAGUUUUCAAUAAAGAUGUUUUUCAAAUAUG